UCUCUUAAUAUUCUGUGCCUGUGAUUCAAAAUCGAUGUAUCUUAUUGUAUUUAGACUAUUAAUUUGAACACUGUGGUAAAAUAUGUUGUUAUUGUGAAUAUUAUCAGUAGGUAGUAAGUACCUAAUCAUGUCGUUAAAAAACGACUCUGUUUGGGCAACAUGUCCAUCAGAUAUUCUGGUACUAGUGUUUAAAAAGUUAGAUAUAGAAUCUGUGAUAAGUUGUAGGGGUGUGAAUAAAUUUUGGUGGAAUGUAGCAGAAUAUUAUUUUGAGCACUUUAAGUUAUGGCCAGCAGUGAUCCAGCAUACCAUUGGUGAAGCGGCCUUCACUGAAAAGUCUGUAUUGGGAUGGCGAGACAAAGUUCUGUCUGCCGAGAGAUGGCUGGAUGUUAGUAAAGUCAGUGUGAGCUUGCGCCAUCGUUACAAUUUGGAGACAGCUAUUCAAAAUAUCUGUGUAUAUAAAGAUAACCUCAUAGUCACAACUGACACUGCUACAACAUUUUUUAAUAUUAACAGUUUUGAAGUUAUUAAAACUCUUCAAUUAGCACCCCUGAGGCAGUAUGUUUAUAAUUUAGAAGUUAAUUGGGACUGGGGAAGAAUGGAAAAGAAAAAUUACGGAUGGUGUUUCACCAGCGGAUUGCAAGAGCACCAGAAGUAUGUGAGCUAUCGUUCUCAUUCACUAGAACCUGAAACUGAUACAGUACCCAGGUAUCAAGAAACUUCAUCAUUGAUUGUUGAACUAAAAUUACCAACAGUAAGAAGGGAAAGAUUAAUUGAACUCUCUCUUACCAAUAAAUUAUAUACAGACCCUUUUGAUUCGGAUUCAGUACGAAAAGUAUACAUCAAAUAUCCUUUUAUAUUUAAAGUCAAUUUUAAUUCUUGCUAUGUUAUCUAUGCAAAAGUACUCUGGAAGUAUACAGCUAAAGUGAAUCACUGGGAUAUUGAAGUGCUAGCGAAAUAUAAUGAAGACGAGAAUUUACUACACAGCAUACACAUUCACAGAAAUAAUGUGUAUGUCCUUUUAACAAGUGGCGAUGUUUUUCUCUUGUGCUGCAAUAGUUUUCUGAAAAUAUUUCACUUAUGUGCACCCCUUUCAACACAGUUGCCUAAGGAUUCAGUGCCAUUGAUGUUUUAUACUUGCAUCCUUCUAAGAAAUGUACCAAAUGCCAAGCCUUGUGAUGCACUAAGCCCAUACAUAAAAUGCGACUUUUUGAAAAGCAUAUCUCGGGAGGGAGUCACAUGUGUUUUGGAACACGGUCAUGCUACACUAUUUGGAUAUAAAAAUGGAGAAAUAGAAAUAUAUCUUAAUAAAAAUUUAAUAAAUUCAGAAGUUCCCGAGUUAAAGUUCAAUUUGCAAACUUAUAUAGAUGACAUAAGCGACGAGAACCCUAACCUGAAAAUCAGAGCACUCGACAUUUACUACGAUAACACAAGGCAUCAUUUGUUUGUGACGACAUGUUAUCACGUUUUUGAAUUGUUACUAAGUUUUUAA